AGUUUUAAUGACAGAAUGAAUUUUAGAUAUUUAUCGAAAAUUUGAAAAUUGACAACCUGAAGGUAUACAUGAAAUGGCAUUUUAUCAUCUGAAUCCAUCAGAAACUUCCAUAACAAUUUCAUCAUUUGAAACUGUUGAUUCGAUCACUUACUAUGACAUCAAAAUUUCCUGCUAUCGAAACGUCGAAUGGACGGUGAAGCAUCGAUUUAAGGAUUUUUACGAGAUUCACGAAAAGUUGCAAAAGUCUAUUGCAAUCCCAAAAGAUCUUCUUCCAGGAAAGAAACUUGUUAAGAAUCUGCAGUUAUUUCAACAACGAAAAACAGAGCUUGAAAAAUAUCUGCAAGCAAUCGCACAAAUAGCGCAGUUGAACUUUCCACUAGAGUUCGUGGAAUUUUUAGAUUUUCAAAAAUACGAUGUCAUAUUUUUGUUACAAAGAUUAGCAAAGGAUAUUUUUAAAUUAGGGUACAUCCAAAAAUCAUGGACCUUUACAAUUUUAGAGAUGCAUGCUAUAUCAUCAAGAGUUCUUCUACCUCGUCAAUCUUUUGAAGUGCAAAAUUCGGCUUUUGAUUUUUCUAAUAUACUUGAUUUCUGUUGUCAUCUGGAAAAAUUGCAGAUUGUUCCUGAAAGAAGCAUAUUUUCAACUAAAGAGGAAAUGUUAAAAAACCUUAUAUCUCCUAUAGGCACAUCAAACAUACUUAGUUCUACCCUAACGUUUGAUAUGUCUCCGUUUACAUCUAUUCAAUCAUUAGAGUUAAUUGGAAUUGUUCCGCAAAACAUUGUAAAGUGUAACAACAUCAGAUCAACAGUCGAGAAUUUAAAACUUAAUAAUACCAGAGUUCAAACUGUCAAAGAAAUUUUGUUGCCAGAUUCGAUUCAUAAAAAUUUCCUAUCUGAAAAUGACCAAGUCUGGUAUCGACUUAAAAAUCUUGAUUUAGCUUACAAUGAAAUAUGGCUCAUUGAUCCUGCUAUAAAACUAGCUCCAAACAUAGAAGAGUUACAUUUGAACGAUAAUAAAUUAAAGACUAUUUCAAACCUCAGAUCACUUUGCCACCUCAAUCAUUUGAACCUAAGUGGAAACAUGAUUGAAUCUCUUUUAGACUGGCAUUUGAAACUAGGUAAUAUUUCAGUUUUAAACUUAUCAUGCAACCAAAUUCAAUCACUAAAAGGUGUUAGUCACUUAAAGUCUUUGCGGAUUCUUGAUUUGAGUAGAAAUCAAAUAAAAGAUAUCAACGAAAUUGAGAAUAUUGCUAAGCUUCCCGUAAUAGAAUACAUAAGUUUGAAUGGUAAUAUAAUAGCUCAAGAAAUGGACUACAGGAUCAAAAUACUUUCAAUGUUUGUGGAUUAUAAUUAUAAUAUAAUUCUUGAUAAUGAAACAAGCUCUCAAACUGAAAUUGAUAAGGCAAUGGUUCUUGCAGCUCUUCGAAAUAGACAAAACAUAAAAUAGCCACUUUGAAUAUUGUAAUUUUCUUAAAGAAAAAUAUGAUAAUUACUGCUUAUACAUAAGCAUGAUUAACACAUAUUAAUUUAUUCUUUUUUACCAAUUUAUGUUUAAAUAUCUAUGAUUUAUAAUGUAUUUAUUAAAAGAUGAUUUUAUAAACGAAAAUUCCAUCAUUAAAAAGAUGGGUAGAUUCAACCCGAACAUCUAUCGUACACAGGUUUAACUAUUAAACCUCCAGGAUUGAAAAUUACCCUUAGUUUUUAUAUUCUCCUUAAAAAACUUUGAAUCCCUUUUUAAAAUAUCAGUUUUCUAAUUUUUUCUGGCUAUUUCAAAUCACCUUCAACAUUGUUUCUAUAAAAAAAAUCACAGUAGAUAUGUUAAAUAGUUAAAUAAAAAUUAUUUUUCCUCUCUCAUGAAAUUCGUAAGAUAUUGUUCAGAAAAUUUCAUACAAAUUGUUCAGCUUCCAAUAGGAAAAAUAAUUUUUGGAGUAAAUUAUUAAAUAAAUAUUCCCUAAUAUCUAUAA